AUGGUGUCGUUAUUGAAGGUACCAGCUCCUGUGAAAGAAUUAUUUGACAAAUUCCCAGUAGAACAAUAUCCUGCUGUUAAGCAGUUGACUCCAGAUACAAAGAAGGAAAUUGUCAAUAGAAAUUAUAGUUUUUCAGUAUCUUCAGAUGAUAAAACCAAUGGAUUGGUCACAUUUAAACUUGGGACAUAUAAUGUUUACCAUCUAGAUGAUAAUACUGUGCUUGCCACAGAUCCAUUAUGUCUUAUAGCAGAAUUGGCUUUAUCUAUAAAGAAUAAUAUCAAAUUACCAAAAUUAAACAAUGAUAAAUCGGAUUCAAAUAGAAAUUCAUUAUUUUUACUUUCACAUCAUGCAAAUUCUCAAGGUUUUUUACCAAUUUAUGUCGAAGAGGAGAAUCACAAAAAAUCAAAUAGAUUAAUAAAAGAUAGUCAAAGUAUAGAUGAAAUUUUACUUUCUCGUGUUCAAUCAAGUUCAGAAUUAAUGUUAAUAACACUUGUUGAUAAUGUUGUUUAUGAUUUUUGGAUAACGAGUGUUCUUUUUGAAUUCUCUAAAGAAGUUCAACAAGAAAUUUUCACAUUCAGUACAUCAUCUCAACAACAUUAUGUUAAUUCAUGGGGAAUUGAUACAUUAUUAUCUCAAUUAUUGACUAGAAAUGCAUUUGAUUUGAGAAAUCCUGCAAUUACAAAGCAAUAUCAAAAUGAUCCAUAUUCUAUAUUAACUAAAAGAUUACCAAAAUACGGUAAAGCUGUUGAUUUUGAAAAAGAAAGAAAUGGUAAAGAAUUCGCACAUGCAAUGGAGAACUUAAAUAGUAUAUUAGUGAAGAGAGGUACGACUUUUUUCAAUGGUGAUUCUAAACCUGGGUUAUUAGAUGUUAAGAUUGCAAGUUAUAUCACUCUAGUACAAAAGUAUGGACCUGGAACUGUUAUAUAUGAUGUUGUUCAAAGAUAUGAAAGUCUGGUUAAACACGCUGAUUCUGUUAUUCAAUUUUGUUCAUGA